UCAAGUGUGCACACGGAACGCGCUCAAAGUUCAAGUGUCUAUUACGAAACUCCUUAGAAAAACCCCUAAUAAAAAUACCCCGUGCGCCAGCACUUAUUUCGGUUCUCUGCUCCAAGGCGAGAUGCUGCCAAUACCAAGAUCUUUCACCGCCUUCCUCUUGCUGUUGUUCUGCAGCGUUCUGUUAACUCAUCGCGGUGUCCAAGGUCAGGCGAAUAAAGUGUCAUCCAAGUUGGAUUUCGAUGAGAGCGAUGGCAUCUCCAACAGCAACAACAACCAGACGGGGAUGCAACCCGGAAUGCAGGGACAGAGUGGAAACGGGAGUGGCAGCUAUGACCAGGGCACUGGUCGUGGCUUUGCAGAAGGAGACAGGGGAAAUGCCAAUGAAAGAGGAGGCGGCGGCGGCGGCGGCGGAAACAGCAGCAAUCGCCCCAAGAUACACGGCGUGCGGGUAACCGUCGAUACGGGCGAUGGACAGCAGCAAACGAAAGAGUCCAAAGAGAGCGUGGAAAUUACGGACCUCGGCAAGCACAAGAAGCGGGUGGGCAUCCACACGGACAUCACGUUCGAGAUAACCUCCGAAGGGGAGGGCAACGAAACCAGUUCGGCCCAGAGCCAUGGGGAGAAAGAGGACGCCAGUGUGCCCAUCUACAAGGGCCGCGGGGGCAGCGACUCAAAGCACAAGACCCCAAAGCCCCAUGAUCCAAAGUCGCAGUGGAACCCGAACUACUCCAGCGAGCACCGCGGCUAUGAGGGAGGAAGUCGAGGCGGGUACUACCCGCAGUACUAUCCUCAGCAUGAAUAUACCAGUCGAGGAUCUGACUCAGGGAGUAUUCAUCGCACAGGAGAGACCUGGACGCACUACGUUCCUGUUUGGACCACAGAACGCGCCCCCCAGGAGCAGAGCCAGAUCUACCGCAGGCCCAGCUGGAAGCCCUGCUACUGCAUGUCCUCCACCGAUUACCGGCGACGGCGGGACAGCAAGGCCAGUCGGGAACUAGGAAUAGGAAUAGGAAAUGGAGCCAAGAGAGUGAUCAACAGUGGGGUGGUCCAGGUGGUCGAUGGCAAGCUGGAAAGGCCCUUCUCUUGAUAAAGCAUUCUGUCACUUUAUUCUCUUUUCACCUUUUCCCAGAAUAAAAACGCACACUUUUAUGUUUA